AUGGAGCAAUCAAGUUCGGUAGGAAUGGAUGAAAGCGAGAAAUUGUUAAUACCUACCACCAUGUCAUUGUUAAAUCCUCCGAUUAGUAAAGAGCAUAGACUUGCUAUUCAGGAUUAUUAUCAAUUUGUGGAUGAACACGAGGAAACUUUCAUGGAUGAUGAAGUUGCACAUCCGAGAAUUCUUCCCAUGAUCAUUCCGAAAUCAAUACUCGAAAAAUAUAAUCAAUUCAUCUAUUUAUUUGAGUUGGAAAUUGCGAGGAAUAAUUUUGAUAAAGCCGAGAAAUAUAUUAAUGAAGCAAUCAAGAUACUGCCGUAUUUUGGACAUGCGUACUUUAGAAAGUCAUCUCUUUACUGGUCCUUAGGCUUCAAUGCCCUCCAAUUGAGAACACUAAAAAUAGGAAUGUUUUUCACAGUGUAUUCGUAUAACAACCAUUCACAAUUGUUUGGAGAACGUUUGAAAAAUUCUAGCCAUGUUCGAGAACAAGAAACUGACAAGAAGGAAACCAUGGUGGUUAACAUUGUUAACCACGACUAUUGGUACUGUAUUUUUAGUGCUUCUCUUUGUCUCUAUGAGAAAAAUUAUGAAUCGAGUUUCUACUAUUUUCAUCGAGCUUUGCAAUACGUGUUAUCACCGAGACAUCAAAAAACUUUGGAAUCUUCACCCUUGUAUUGUUUGACAAAAUAUGAAAGUUUCUAUGCCAUUUUAAACUGGCUUGGAAUUUUACACUCUGAUCAAGAUCGAUUUGAUCUCGAAAUUCAAUUUUAUAAGAAGGCCUUAGUAUACCAUUUUGAAACAAAUUUCUUGCCAAAGUUGGAACCCUAUCAGCUGGCAGGACUCUACAACAACAUUGGAGGUAGUUUUUAUUCUGUGGGAAAAUACGAAUCAGCAAUUGAGCAGUACAAUAUUGGUCAUUCUCACUUUAAUCAGCACGCUCUAGUAUUUCAAAAUCGAGGAGAUGCCUAUGCACAGCUCGAACAGUACCCAGAGUCCAUUAAGGACUAUGAUAAAUGUUUGGAACUUUCAACAUAUACUCAAGUACAAGUUGAUGCAUAUACCAACAUUACUGAAUGCUAUGCAUUGAUGGAUAAUUAUGCGAAGGCUGAGGAAACUUAUAGAAAAUGUUACGAAAAGUUUGGAGCGAAAAAAGCACUUGCCUUUCUUGUCGAUACUGACAUGCAGAUGUUCAUGUCGAGCUCUGAGUUUUUGAAAUUGAUUGAUGAAGCACUUGUUGUGACUGGGGAUGACCCCUUAACCAUUAAACGCUUAAUGAUUCGAAAAUAUUUCAUUACAGAAUCGCAAACAGAAUGGCAAGUGAUUGAGAGGCUGAAACAUGGAGCACUGGAACGAAUUUCUUAA